AUGUGCGUCACGGAUUUCGUACAAACUGUCCAUAUGAUAGCUAAAUAUAAAUCUAAGAUGUCGUGGCCAGGUUUCAUCAACCGUUUGUUGGAGGCGACUAAUAAAGUCGAGAAGGUGGCCAUCUUUAAUCUAGAGGGCGUCCCAGUCGCAGUAACAGACGACAUCACAGUUUCCAAAAUGGAGGGCGAGGCCCUGUUACGAUCGUUAUAUGAUCCCUCGCGAUCUAUCGCCUUAAUUCACAUCGACGAUAUAGCAUUUACCUGUUUCCAAGGCAACGACAACACGUUACUAGGCAACAACAAAUCAAAAGGGAUGACUUUUGUAGCUUACACGGCUAAAGACUGCAUCAUUUUAGUGUUGGGGCGAUCAGAGGGACACGGUUCUUUUAUUUUCGAAGUGAAACGAAAUCUGUAUAUGUGGGAUAAAGGAGAUGAGCAGGGAGAUCAAAAACCCGAUCCUAGAAAAAGUAGACAGAGUCAAAACAUGGACCCAAACGCUGUACCUAGACCCACUAGUCUGUCGCAGUCCGGUGACACUCCGGCGCCCCGCGACCAGUCCAACAACUUAAUGGAUUUAGAUCAAGAUUUUAGUCCAUCUUCACCAGCCAGCGACACUGCUGCUCUCUCAGACGAGGAUAUUUUACUAGAUCUAAGUAACCAACAACAACAAGUUAUGUAUUAA